ACAGAAACAGGUCGAACUGGACUGUUCAACGACGCAAAGCAGUGCAGACCAGCGUGCAGUCGAUGUAUGUUCUUUUUAACAUUCAUGUAAUGAAGUUUUAAUUCCGUUUUAAUUCGGUAGUUGUAUGUAAGACAUUUCUAAGACACAAGUUCGUGGACAUAACAGGACAAGUCAACUCGAGAUAUAACGUUACACGAAUAUGGACACGCUACAAUUGUUAUUGUAAGUAUUGAAGAUUUGUUGUGAACGUGUGUGUGAGUGUAUGCUUCGUACCUUUUCAUGUAGAUUAUCGUAAAAAAUAUUUAUAUUUCCAUUUGUUUUGUUACGGCAGAACGACGUAAAUUGUCAAGCAGAGACGUUCGACUUCUUGCGGCGCUGCAGUAUGGAAGGCCGUUUUGGCAAAUAUUUCUAAAAGCAACACAAGAGAACUUAUUUGCUUAUGGUUCUCCCGUGUGGUUGAUAAGCUAUCAGUGUUGUAAAUACUGUCGCUGUAUAAGCUUCCCCGUGGGCAGCGCAAUACACGUGAAUUUGUUGACUAAGCAGAAACCGCUGUUACAUUAUGUCACUUUAUAAACGGUGGAUGUACUAAAGCACUCUUUUGACUCCCGCGGGGUAUGCUACUGGGCUAUACUUAGUACUCGAGUUGAGGGGGGAUGGCAUCCCCCUUUGAAUUAAAGAUGAUCAAAAUCAUCCCCCUUCUAAAACGGCCACCCCCCCUUCCCAUCCCCUGUUAUUUUAUCAAUGAAUGUGUAAAUAUUACCAGUGGUAAUUUACCACUACUUCAACAUUUAGUUUUUGCGAAUAUUGAAUAGGCUAAAAUACUGUGGACGAGGGGAACGUGCACAUAAUGACACGGCGAUUUGUUUUAAAUUGACGUCACAUCAGUCAGCGACAUAGCAGCGCAGGUGCUGGUGAUUUCAGCAUCAUGGUCAAGCGAUAUGGACAGCUUGACCUGAGGGACUUCGGCUUUAAGAGGGCAAGAAGUAGCACUGAAGAGACAAAGUGGCUGCACGUUGAGGAAUUCAAUCUUCAAAAUCAAGUUCGUUCUGCGUGGUGCUACUAUUCCGCUUCUCUCCACAAAGCCGACCUUCUGACGACUGAACACCUAGACCUUAACAAACAUGGUUAUGUAAUCCGGAAUCAAGCUGGGGUUGUCAUAUUCAGAAUGCAAUUCAGGUCUGGAACCCUAGACUUGGAUUCCUGUUCAAAAGAAGGAAAAAUAAUCAGCUGUGACAAAUCCAAUUCUGGGAAUAUCAAUUUCUUCAUAGAAACCGUAAAACCAAAAGACACGGUUACGUGCUAUCGCGUGCGUUGGGACGAGCUGGAGGAGCGUCGGUUGGUGGAGCAUGCCAUGUCCUGCGGCGGUUCACAUUGGUACGGUGGUGCGGAGACCUGGUCGCAACAUUGGCCGAUCGCUGUGAAAGGACAGAGAUCCCCCGAGCCUUUCAUUACAGGUGACAUCUAUUUGAAUCAUCAAGCUUUUGGUGGCAUCUUGGAACGCUACUGGCUUUCUUCCAAUGCCACAGCCAUAAAAAUUAACGACUCUGUUCCUUUUCACCUCGGCUGGGAUGAAGCCAACAAAACUUUGCUGUUCCAAUCUCGAUAUGACAAGAGCCCCUAUAGGUCAGACCCUGGACAGUCCAAUUAUGUUACACUAAGUUAUCGAGUCUGUGUUGGGCUCGACAUCACCUCCAUACAUAAGUACAUGGUACGCCGAUAUUUCAACAAACCAAAUAAGGUUCCUUCGGAAGCUGUCUUCAGACACCCAAUCUGGUCUACACGGGCUCUAGCAGAAGUUAAUCAGGAAGCGGUUUUAAAAUAUGCAUCUGAUAUUCAAAAACAUGACUUUAACUGCAGUCACCUGGAACUGUAUGAUGGAUACACGAGCGACUAUGGAGACUUUGAGUUCGACACCAUGAAAUUCCCAAAUGCCUCAGCUAUGUUUCAAAAACUAUGCACAGAUGGUUUUCAGGUAACCUUAUGGACGCAUCCUUUUGUCAAUUAUAAUUCUUUAAAUUUUGGUGUUGGAGUAGAAAGAGGUCUGUUUGUAAGAGCGCCUAGCGGCCAGCUUCCUGCCCUGGUGCGUUGGUGGAACGGUAUUGCUGGGAUUUUGGAUUUCACGAACACGGAAACCCGUGACUGGUAUGCCUCUAAUCUCCGCGCUCUCAAGAACAAGUACGGAGUGGCUUCUUUUAAAUUUGACGCUGGGGAAACCAGCUACUUACCUCUGGAUUUCAGCACCUUUAUUCCUCUGCACGAUCCCAGCACUUUUACCCGCCGCUACACUGAGAUGGCAAUACCGUUUAGUGACCGAGCAGAACUGCGCUCGGGCUAUCAGUCUCAAAACAUCUCCUGCUUCUUCAGAAUUAUGGACCGUGACUCUGUAUGGGGAUAUGACUUGGGCAUCAAAUCUAUAAUUCCAACCGUACUCACUAUAAGCAUUCUUGGCUACCAGUUUAUUCUACCUGACAUAGUAGGUGGAAAUGCACACACUGAUAGAACCGGCGGGCUUCCAGAUCGCGAGCUUUACGUCCGUUGGCUGGAACUCUCAGCUUUCAUGCCAGCUAUGCAGUUCUCGCUGCCACCAUGGCUCUAUGACGAUGAGGUGGUGAACAUAGCCAAAAAAUUCACAGCCCUCCACGAGUCUCUAGUGGCCCCUAGAGUUCUUGAACUUGCAGGGGAAGUGCUGUACACUGGUGAUCCUAUCAUCCGUCCUCUUUGGUGGAUUGCUACAGACGAUGAGGCGGCUUACAAUAUUGACUCUCAGUUCCUCAUAGGAGAUGACCUUUUGGUAGCUCCUGUACUUGAACCAGGCAAGCAGGAAAGAGAUAUAUACCUUCCCACCGGCAGAUGGAGAAGUUACAAGGGAGAAUAUUUUGACAAAGGCCCCAUACACCUUACUGACUAUCCAGUGGACUUGGAUGAGGUUGCAUACUUUGUGUGGUCAGGAUAAUUGUAAAUAGGUUGUGAAAACAAAAUACCAAGACUGUGAAUUAGGAUAUUUUUAAUAAGAAGGUUUAUUGAUCUAGCCAUACUGUACUCUAAGUUAUUAUUAAAUAUGACUAGUAACAGUGAUGUUUAUUUUGUAGUUUUACUUUAUAUGUCGAACAUUUAUAUGUAUGUAUAUAAUAAUAUAUUAUACCACGGGCAAACGUUCUAUGGGUAUGCAUUAACUUUCAGUAAAUGCACACCUAUGAAGGUGUUCCAGGUCUGCUGCAUUACAGUUCCAUAUCAUUUCACCAAGUUUAAACAACAGAAAGGUUAUAGUUUAGCCUACAGGCCAUCACCGCACACAGCACCCUGCUCUUGAUCCGACGUUUAAAAUGAAUGGAAAUGUGUGCGGUUUCGUUCCAAUAAACAAAGCAUUUCAAAAACAAGAAAUACAUUUACUGAAAUCGAAUAAAUAAAAUAACUAAAUAGAAAAACAAAAUGCAUUAACAAACACUGAUAGCCUAAUGGUUCGUUUUCCUCUUCAUCCUGCUUAUAGCUGAUAACAAAUAUAUUUCGAUAGACAUACUCUUUCAAAAGUUGAUUUUUUACUGCUGAUGAUAGAAACAAAAGGAGGAAUAGGA